UAUCACAUGGAGAUACGAUGUUGGUAAUGUUUGUUUCUUGAGCAUUGUUUUUUCACAAAUCUUGAAAUGUUUUGAUUUUUUUUUGCAUAAUGAAAGCUUCGUGAACAAUUAUUUCCUCAACUGUGUUAACUGUACCAAUCUACUAUAAUCAUGGCCACACCAACUAAUGAUUUAGAAGGCUUACCUGGUCAAAAUAAUGAUGCUUUUGCCGAAUUGACCAAAAUUUAUAGUCCUGAUAAAUGGGAUUAUAACAAAGCAUUAGUUCCUUUUAUGCUUGGAAAAGGAGUAAUGAGCAGAGAGGAAAUAUUAGUGGAGAAGGCAAUGGAAAGUUGUGCUUUUCGAACCGUCAUGAGUGGAGUCGCUGGUUACGGAUUUGGAGCAGUUAUGGGCUUGUUUUUAGCCUCUGUAGGUCCACAGGCAACUAUGAUAGAACCUGAAAAACAGACUGUUAAAAUGGUGUUGCAGGACAUGAAAGGAAGAAUGUUGUCAAAUGCAAAAAGUUUUGCCAUACUAGGAGCAAUGUUUGCUUGUACAGAAUGUGCUCUUGAAUCGUACCGUGGUAAAAGUCACUGGACAAAUGGUACUUUAGCCGGUGGAAUAGUUGGUGGUGUUAUUGGACUACGAGCUGGUCCUCGGGCUGGUCUUUGGGGUGCAACUGGAUUUGCUGCUUUUUCAACUUUGCUUGAUUACUAUUUCAGAAUGUAGUUUUAUUAUACUUUCGUUUAAACUUUUGUGUUCAAUAGAUGCCUAUCUUUGUUAUACUCAUCGCUCAUCAUUCGUGAAUUGCCCAUCUUGGGAUCCCACUGUGAAAUUAGAACAUCUUUCCGAGUUUAAUAACAAAUAAUCCAUCAUAUUAAUCGGAUAGUUGCAAUUAGCAGGACCCGGUGAAUAAAGUAAAUCUCCGUUGAA